AUGGCAUACAUUGCCCAAAACCUUGGCGAGGAGCAAAUCCGCGUACCGCGUGUGUAUCGGAGCUUUGUGAUUCAAAGUGAAAGCUACCUCGUUAUGCAGUACGUGGAUGGCGAGUCUCUGGACGCAAUCCCAUGGAUGAGCCGACCCCCGGACCAACGUAAAGACAUCAUCAAACAAGCCACGGACGCUGUUCUUGCCCUACGAACACUCGAAGCUAAAGCGCCGGGCCCUGUUGAAAGGUCUGGCUUUCCGACCGGCGGCUUCUUCUCCGACUAUGGAGCCAACACAGUCUUUGCGAAUAUCUCGGAAAUGGAACAGUGGCUCGACCGGAAGUUAAGAAUAUACAACAGACAUGACCAGGCACUCCUCCGUGGCACUAGCUGGAGUCUGUCCGGCUGUUUCAAGACAUUGGUCAUGUGCCACAUGGAUAUUGCCUUGAGAAACUUAAAGCUAGACCGCCAUGGUCGCUUGUGGUUCCUAGACUGGGAAUGGGCGGGUUUUUAUCCGCCAGAAUUUGAAAUCGCUUAUUUGCAUUGCAUUAUAGGAGAAGGUGCUGAUCUCGAGUUCUUUAAAGAUCUCUUACGAGGGCUUGGCAGCUUGGACAGAAACGACGUCGUGGACAAGCUCCAUCAGGUCUACUAUGUUAACAACAGUUGCUUUGCUGCUUCACAUAUUGUUGGCGUGGAUUGUUAG